AUGGCAAAGAAGACUGUGCAUGUCAUGAACGAGGCGGAGGUCGACAUCAAGAAGGCACCUGAGCAUAUCGAGGAAGCGGUUCUUGCCAGCCUAACGGAGGAAGACCUAUGGAAGGCGUCCAAGGAAGCAUUGAAUCUUCGGUCAUGGGCCGGGUUUCGCCUUUUCCUCAUCCUUUUCGUCCAGGGAUGUAACCAAGCCGGGUACGGGGUGGAUUGGGCCGUCAUCAGCGGCAUUAAUGCCUACGACGCAUGGCACAACUACUUCGGGUUUGGGACCAGUGGCGGAACGUACGGGUUAAUUAACGCGCUGAUGAACAUUGGAAACGUUUGUGGUGCGCCAUUUCUGGCCCUGUCGGACGUUGUUGGCCGACGCGGCAUCAACUUCAUAGGGAAUGCCCUUGUAAUCGCGGCCGCCAUCUUGCAAGGCUGCUCGACCAACCUGUCCAUGUUCAUGGCAGGCCGGUUUCUGAUGGGAUUCGGGUCCGCGCUGCUGUCCAGCUCGCAGUACAUGGGCGAGAUUGCGCCGGUGCAUCUUCGGGGUUUGAUGGUCGGCAUUUUCGGGGCCUGUUUCCAAGUCGGAAGUCUGUGUAUGACGGCCGCCAUGAUUGGACUCUCCAAGAUGAGUGGAAACUGGAGCUGGCGGAUUCCACUCCUUCUGGAAGCCCUGUUUCCCGCCAUUGUUUGUGCGACCAUCUUCUUCCUGACCCCCGAGUCGCCCCGUUACUACGUCAUGCGCGGGAAACCGGACGCAGCGCGAAGGGUUGUCGCGCGAUAUCAUACCACGAGCGGUAACUUGAAUGAGCCCAUCGUCGACAUGGUCGUUUCGCAGAUCGAAGGGUCCAUUGAGAACGACCGGGCCGGCUUCCGCAGCUUCUGGGACUACCGGGUGUUUUGCACAAAAGUCGUCCGAUACCGACUUUUCGUGCUCUUCCUGUACUCGGUCUUCCAGCAAUGGAAUGGCGGAGGAAUUAUCACCUACUAUAUGGUUCCUGCCCUCGAGACUAUUGGCGUGAAAGGCACCAUGCAACAACUCGGCAUCACGCUCGGCACCACGGCAACAUACUUCGUCUUCACGGCCGUCGGGGCCAUCAUAAUCGACCGAUUCCGACGACGCACUUUGAUCUUCUCCGGCCUCGCCACCAUGAUAAUCUUCCAGACCGCCGUGACCAUCACGUCCUGGCAGUACAAUCUCUCCGGCAACAAAGCCGCCGCGGCCCUCACCAUUCUCUGGAUCUACCUAUACCAGACCUUCUCGGCGCUGCUGAUCGCCACCAUGCACAACCUCUACCCAGUCGAGCUCCUGUCCCUAGCGCUGCGCGCAAAGGGCAUGGGUCUGUACGCGCUCAUCCAGGGCGGCGCUGGCGCGGCCCAGACAUACGGUAUCUCCGUGGGGAUCGAGAAGAUCGGAUACAAGAUCUGGGUCGUGUAUAUUGCGUACAACUGCAUCCAGCUGGUCUUGUCGUAUUUUGUCUUCCCUGAGACGCAGGGACUGUCGUUGGAGGAGAUUGAUGCCGUGUUUGAGACGCCGGGCGUGGCGCCGGUGAAGAUGUCGUUGGAUAUUCAGAAGGCGAAGAAAGAGAGAGCUCAGGCGGAUCGUGAUGAUGUGAGGGGAUAG